GCAAUAUAAAUUCCCAUAUAAAAUAACAAACAUUCUUCGUAGUUGUUGAGCGCGGGAAUGAAUGGACAGGUGCAAGUUGCAAUGUAUGUAUGGAGGGGUUCUAUACUUAUAAGCGUAGGACAUUAGUUCAGGCAAUCAGGACUAUAACCGUACCUGUUAUGUGUAGUGUUUGCUGAGCCAAGACUGGCAGCAUGUGGAUUUUAGCUCUACUAUCGUGUAUCAGCGUGGCGGUGGCAGUGCCAAUAUCAGUAGGAUAUGGUGUGUAUGCGCCUGCGCCGAUAAUACAUACGCCCGUCCUCCAUGCACCAGUAGUACACGCCGAACCUGUGUCAUAUCCAAAGUACGCAUUUAACUACGGAGUCAAGGACCCUCACACUGGUGACGUGAAGUCACAACAAGAGGAGAGGGACGGAGAUGUUGUUAAAGGUAGCUACUCUCUAGUUGAGCCCGAUGGUACGACACGGACAGUGCACUACUCGGCGGAUGACCACACCGGGUUCAAUGCCAUAGUGCAGAGGACUGGACAUGCCGUUCACCCGGUGGUUGCACCAGUAGCACACUAUGCGCCGGCGCCGGCUCUUCUCGUAUCAUCUUACGGCCACCACGGUUAAAAUGUUAAUGUUUCAUCCUACCACGGCAUACUCUAGUUUUAUACCAUUCACAACGAUUUUAGAUGUAAGCAAUAAUUAAGUAUUAGAUGAGUAAAGCUUGAGGUGUAUUAAUAUUUCAUACAUCUUUCAUUUUUGGUUUUUCAUACCAAGGAUGGAUAAAGUGGAUAAAGGAAAAGUGACAUGGAUGACUAGUUUUUUUUGUCUUCGGACAACUUUGUUCUAAAAUAAAAAUGGAUGAUAAUGGACAAAAAUUCCGUAAUUUUUUUCCUAAUAAUUCAAUACUUUGUCAUUAAAAUUUUACGAUUUUAAGAAAAAAUUUACAGUUAUUUUGAUGCUAUUAAAGUUUAUGCAGUGCAUCUUAAGCUUUAUUUAUAGAAUUUUUGAAGCAAAACCUAAAAGUAUUUGUGUUUUUAUGUAUUUUAAUUAUGUAUGUAUUACAUUUAAGAUUUAACUUAAUAAUGUUACUUAAUUGAUCGAAAUGUCUUCCUACAUUAGCAUCUGAAGUACAAGUUUUGUUUACUAUAAUAAGUUGGAAGUUUUAUAAAAUAAAUAUGAAA